AUUGAAACUUUGGCGACAGCUGUCAAACUCAAUAGUGAUAGCGAUUACCAAGAGAAACUAAUCAAAGUGAAUAAAUAUUCAUAUAAUUAUUUGCUACGGUGACCAAAAGUGGCAACAGUGUAUGUGUUCGGGUUCUAUGAGCUUUAUGUUUAGUAUUCUUUUUUAAUACCAUGUCGCUAAACACUGCUCAUGCUGAUCACGGUGUGUUAAUACACGCAGGAGAAUGCAUUAUAUUAUUUUCGGAUAAUGUGACAGUGGAGUUUUAUGGAAAUGAGACACCAGAGUUCAAGGGGGCUAAACAAGGCCGCAUGUACCUUACCACCCACAGAAUGAUCUAUAAUUCAAAAAAUCUCUCUGAUCCAAUGAGGUCGUUCAGUUUCCCAUUCAUUGCCCUGCAGGAUGUUACAGUGGAACAACCAAUGUUUUCUGCAAAUUACAUUAAAGGCAAAGUUCGAGCACAGCCAAAUGGCAAUUUCAUUGGUGAAGUUAAAUUCAAGUUGACCUUUAAGUCUGGUGGUGCCAUUGAAUAUGGACAGGCUAUGUUGAAAGCUGCACAUUUGGCCUCUCGUCACAUGGCUCCCGACGCUCCCCCGCCACCUUACUCGCCACCAACUGGCCCGUGGCAUGCCGCGCCACCGCCAGCGUAUGCCCCACCCCCGCAAGGAUAUUAUGGUUGGGUGCCACCGUAUUCCGCUUUCCCCGACCAGCCACCACCAAACUCGGUGUUUGUCUCCAAUAGCCCACCACCAUAUCCUGGCGUAAUGGGUACAGCCUACACUGCUGGACCAGGCUUUUCUGGAAUGGGUGGAGCCGCAGGGCCUGGUGCCGCUGCAAGCAGUCCCACUGCACCCCCUGGCUAUCCUGGCGGAUUCGCUCCUCAUGCGCCCACCGGAAUAUCUGCUGCAGACGCGAAAGCAGCUGAGGCCGCCCAAAGUGCUUACUAUGAUCCAAAUAGACCACAGACGGCCUAUGUUCCUCCGCCUUACAAUGACCAGCCACCGACCUAUCAAGAAUCAACAUCGAAGAAAGAAAACUAAUGCACUGUCCCCAUUAUCACAUGACACCAUCAGGUGUUGCACAUCAAUAAUAAAAACAUAAAUUUUAGCAUUUAAACAUUACUAUUUUGUUUCUGUAGUUGUGUCUAUAGUUUUUCACAUUCCUUUAUCAUAAAAAAAA